UCUUUUCGCUCCAAGAGUGAGCAAAAUGGCGGUGUUUGUGCCGUCUUGCUGUGUUUGCGUGUGAUCGCUCACUUUUGACGUGAAAUUGUUUUUACAAUGUCACAGAUAGUGACAACGGACUCUAAGGCUCCCUUGCGGGAAGCCAAAAAAGUUCAGUUUGGGAUCUUAAGUCCUGAUGAAAUUCGUCGCAUGUCCGUAACGGAGGGCGGCAUCAAGUAUCCCGAGAUCUAUGAAGGGGGUCGCCCAAAGUUGGGUGGUCUCAUGGACCCCCGACAGGGAGUCAUUGACCGAACAGCCCGUUGCCAGACGUGCGCGGGAAACAUGACGGAAUGUCCCGGCCAUUUUGGCCACAUCGAUCUUGCCAAGCCCGUCUUCCAUUGUGGCUUCCUCACAAAGAGCAUCAAGAUCCUCAGAUGCGUUUGCUUCUACUGCUCCAAGUUGCUAGUCAGUCCGAACAAUCCCAAGAUCAAGGAGAUUGUGACAAAAUCGAAGGGGGCGCCACGCAAGCGACUGGCGCACGUCUACGACCUUUGCAAGGGCAAGAACAUCUGCGAGGGGGGAGACGAGAUCGACGCAAAGGUUGGCGAGAGUCAGGUGCAGGAGGACACCAACAAGAAGGUGGGUCACGGCGGGUGCGGACGUUAUCAACCGAGCAUCCGUCGGAGCGGGCUGGACCUGACGGCUGAAUGGAAGCACAUCAACGAGGACUCGCAAGAGAAGAAGAUCCAACUCUCUGCGGAGAGGGUGUGGGAAAUCCUGAAGCACAUCUCGGAGGAAGAGUGCCAAAUUCUCGGAAUGGACCCCCGGUAUGCCAAGCCCGAUUGGAUGAUUGUCACGGUGCUGCCGGUCCCUCCGCUUGCCGUGCGUCCUGCAGUCGUCAUGUUUGGCUCAGCCAGAAACCAGGAUGACUUGACCCACAAGUUGGCAGACAUUGUCAAGGCCAACAACGAAUUGAUCCGCAAUGAGCAGAGUGGAGCUGCCGCACACAUCAUCGCGGAGAAUAUCAAGAUGUUGCAGUUCCAUGUAGCCACACUCGUGGACAAUGAGAUGCCCGGAUUGCCAAGGGCCAUGCAAAAGUCCGGACGUCCCUUAAAGUCCAUCAAGCAGAGACUUAAGAGUAAAGAAGGGAGAAUCAGAGGAAACCUUAUGGGUAAACGUGUAGACUUCUCGGCCCGAACUGUCAUCACUCCGGAUCCCAACCUCCGCAUCAAUGAGGUGGGAGUUCCACGAUCCAUCGCGCAGAACCUCACCUUUCCCGAGAUAGUGACACCUUUCAAUAUCGACCAAAUGCACGACCUGGUUCGUCGAGGCAACAACCAGUACCCGGGAGCCAAGUACAUCAUCCGCGACAAUGGUGAACGAAUCGAUCUCCGCUUUCACCCGAAGGCGAGCGACUUGCAUCUGCAGUGUGGUUACAGGGUGGAACGUCACGUCCGCAACGGCGACAUCAUCGUGUUCAACCGGCAGCCCACCCUCCACAAAAUGUCCAUGAUGGGUCACAAGAUCCGGGUACUUCCGUGGUCUACCUUCCGGAUGAACCUCAGUGUGACCACUCCGUACAACGCCGACUUCGAUGGAGAUGAGAUGAACCUCCACGUACCGCAGUCACUGGAGACGAGAGCCGAAGUGGAGCAGUUGGCCAUGGUGCCCAGGCAGAUUAUCACUCCGCAGUCCAACAAACCCGUCAUGGGCAUCGUGCAGGACACACUUACUGCCGUCCGCAAAAUGACCAAGCGGGACGUCUUUCUCGAAAAGGAUCAAAUGAUGACCAUAUUGAUGUUCCUUCCCAUCUGGGAUGGCAAGAUGCCCAUGCCAGCCAUCUUGAAGCCCAAACCCCUGUGGACGGGCAAACAGAUUUUCUCCCUCAUCAUUCCCGGGAACGUCAACCUCAUCCGAACGCACAGCACUCACCCAGAUGAAGAAGAUGACGGUCCAUACAAGUGGAUCUCCCCAGGAGACACAAAGGUGCUCAUUGAACAUGGUGAACUCAUCAGCGGAAUUGUUUGCAAGAAAACUGUCGGAGCAUCGUCUGGAUCUCUGAUGCACGUCGUGUUUGCCGAACUUGGCCACGAGGUGGCCGGAGCCUUCUAUGGGCACAUCCAGACUGUGGUGAACGCUUGGCUACUGCUCGAGGGACACACCAUCGGUAUUGGUGACACCAUCGCUGACAAGCAGACCUUCAUCGACAUCAAAAACGCCAUUGAGAAGGCCAAACGCGACGUGAUAGACGUCAUUGAGAAGGCUCACAAUGACGAGCUGGAGCCUUCGCCCGGUAACACUUUGCGACAGACCUUUGAGAACCAGGUGAACCGUAUUCUGAACGACGCCCGUGACAAGACGGGUGCUAGUGCGCAGAAGUCACUUUCAGAAUUCAACAACUUCAAAGCUAUGGUGGUCUCCGGCGCCAAGGGUUCCAAGAUUAACAUCUCUCAGGUCAUCGCCUGUGUGGGGCAGCAGAACGUUGAAGGCAAGCGUAUUCCAUUUGGAUUCCGCAAAAGGACGCUGCCCCAUUUCAUAAAAGACGACUACGGUCCCGAAAGUAGGGGUUUCGUAGAGAACUCGUACCUGGCUGGUCUCACGCCUUCAGAGUUUUUCUUCCACGCUAUGGGAGGCAGAGAAGGUCUUAUCGAUACAGCUGUAAAGACUGCAGAAACAGGUUAUAUCCAGCGACGUCUUAUCAAAGCUAUGGAGAGUGUCAUGAUUGCUUAUGAUGGCACGGUGCGAAACAGCAACAGUCAGGUGAUCCAGCUGCGUUACGGAGAAGACGGCCUGGAUGGGUCAUGCGUUGAGUUCCAGAGCAUGCCUACAAUGAAGCCCUCCAACAAGGCCUUUGAGAAGAAAUUCCGUUUCGAUGCCUGCAACGAAAGGUAUCUGCGAAAGCUGUUCACGGAAGAUGUGGUUCGAGAACUGAUGGGAAGUGCCACAGCCGUGUCCGAGCUGGAGAAGGAGUGGGAACGGUUGAAGAAGGACCGAGAGAUUCUCAGGUCCAUUUUCCCCACGGGCGACAGCAAGGUCGUGCUGCCUUGCAACCUGCAAAGAAUGCUGUGGAACGCACAAAAAAUCUUCCGCGUCAACCUUCGGUCACCGACUGACCUCAGUCCGCUGAGAGUCAUUCAAGGUGUUGAAGAACUGGUGAAGAAGCUGGUGAUCGUGCCCGGUGAAGAUCACCUCAGUAUCCAGGCCAACGAAAACGCCACCUUCCUCUUCCGAUCCCUGCUGCGAGCAACACUGUGCUCCAAGCGUGUGGCUGAGGAGUUCCGCCUCUCAACGGAGGCCUUCGAAUGGCUUCUCGGAGAAAUCGAGACCAGGUUCCAUCAGUCGCAAGGUCAACCUGGAGAAAUGGUCGGUGCAUUGGCUGCCCAGUCCUUGGGCGAGCCCGCCACCCAGAUGACGCUCAACACUUUCCACUACGCUGGUGUGUCAGCCAAAAACGUGACGUUGGGUGUGCCCCGUCUCAAAGAGAUCAUCAACAUCUCCAAGAAGCCCAAGACUCCUUCCUUGACGGUCUUCCUGAUGGGUGCGGCCGCCCGUGAUGCCGAGAAGGCCAAGGAUGUCCUCUGCCGGCUGGAGCACACGACGCUCCGCAAGGUCACAGCCAACACUGCCAUCUACUACGACCCAGACCCGCAGAACACGGUCGUCGCGGAGGAUCAGGAGUUUGUCAACGUGUAUUACGAAAUGCCCGACUUUGACCCAACACGUAUAUCGCCUUGGCUGCUCCGCGUCGAGCUGGACCGCAAGCGUAUGACGGACAAGAAGCUCACCAUGGAACAGAUCGCGGAGAAGAUAAAUGCCGGUUUCGGUGAUGACCUGAACUGCAUCUUUAAUGACGACAAUGCCGAAAAGCUGGUGCUACGUAUCCGUAUCAUGAACAGUGAAGACAGCAAGUUCCAAGAUGAAGAAGAACAAGUGGACAAAAUGGAAGACGAUGUCUUCCUGCGUUGCAUUGAAGCCAACAUGCUCAGCGACAUGACACUUCAGGGGAUUGAAGCCAUCACAAAGGUGUACAUGCAUCUGCCGACAACCGACAACAAAAAACGUAUCUUGCUCACUGAGACGGGCGAGUACAAGGCCAUUGCGGAGUGGCUGCUCGAGACGGACGGCACCAGCCUCAUGAGAGUCCUGAGCGAGCGGGACGUCGAUCCCGUCCGCACCUAUUCCAACGACAUUUGCGAGAUCUUUGCGGUCCUCGGAAUCGAGGCCGUCCGUAAGGCUGUUGAGAAAGAAAUGAACCACGUCAUCUCAUUCGACGGCUCUUACGUCAAUUACCGUCACUUGGCCCUGCUUUGUGACGUCAUGACUGCCAAGGGUCACUUAAUGGCCAUCACACGUCACGGCAUCAACCGUCAGGACACCGGUGCACUCAUGAGGUGUUCCUUCGAAGAGACGGUGGACGUGCUGCUAGACGCGGCAUCGCACGCUGAAGUCGAUUAUCUGAAAGGCGUGUCGGAGAACAUCAUCAUGGGCCAAUUGGCUCGAAUGGGAACUGGCGCCUUUGAUCUCAUGCUGGAUGCAGAGAAGUGCAAGUACGGCAUUGAAAUACCCAUGAACUUACCUGGAAUGUUGGGUCCUCUUGGAGGAACUGGUUUGUUCUUUGGAAGUGCUGCGACACCCAUCGCUGGAAUGUCUCCCCAAAUGACACCUUGGAACCAGGGUGCAACUCCAGCAUACGGAAGUGUCUGGUCCCCAGGGGUAGGAAGUGGCAUGACUCCCGGAGCGGCGGGAUUCUCGCCGUCAGCAGCCAGCGAUGCGAGCGGUUUCAGCCCCGCAGGCUGCAGUCCCAGCUGGUCUCCGCAGCCUGGUUCGCCAGCAUCCUCACCAGCUUCUCCUUACAUCCCCAGCCCCCACUCUCCAAACUACUCCCCUUCCUCCCCUGCAUAUGCACCAUCUUCCCCAUCAAUGACUCCUGCUUCUCCCUCCUACUCCCCCACAUCUCCGUCAUACUCCCCGACUUCCCCAACUUACUCUCCCACCUCUCCGAACUACUCCCCCACGAGCCCCAGCUACUCCCCGACUUCACCUUCUUACUCCCCUACUUCACCAUCUUAUUCCCCCACCUCUCCUUCUUACUCCCCGACUUCUCCAUCCUACUCUCCCACAUCUCCAUCCUAUUCUCCCACUUCUCCGUCCUACUCGCCAACGUCUCCGUCUUACUCCCCCACUUCACCAUCCUACUCUCCAACUUCCCCUUCCUACUCUCCGACCUCUCCAUCCUAUUCUCCCACGUCCCCUUCAUAUUCUCCCAGCUCUCCAAACUACACACCAGCAUCUCCUUCCUACUCCCCCACAUCUCCGUCUUACUCGCCAACUUCUCCUUCUUACUCCCCUACUUCGCCUUCUUACUCCCCAACCAGUCCGUCUUACUCCCCGAGCUCGCCAAACUAUUCUCCACAGAGCCCCAGUUACUCCCCCAGCAGUCCAAGUUACUCCCCGAGUAGCCCAAAGUACUCGCCCACUUCUCCUUCGUACUCGCCGACGAGCCCAAGCUAUUCACCGGGCUCACCGCAGUACACUCCGACGUCACCAAAGUAUUCCCCGACUUCACCUACCUACUCUCCGACUUCGCCGUCUUACUCCCCGUCGAGUCCAAAAUAUUCUCCCACGAGUCCAAAGUACUCGCCGACAAGUCCGACGUACACGCCAUCAUCUCCGAAGUACAGCCCAACUUCGCCACAGUACAGCCCUACUUCCCCCCAGUACAGUCCAAGUUCGCCGAAAUAUUCACCAUCAUCUCCGAAGUAUUCACCUACGUCACCGACCUAUUCACCCACAUCUCCGAAGUACUCUCCAACGUCACCUACUUACUCCCCGACAAGUCCAAAGGGAUCGAGUUACUCUCCGACAAGUCCGGGCUAUUCUCCUUCUUCGCCCACGUACAGUCCGACGAGUCCUAAUAUGGAGGAAGACAGUGAUAACGAUUGAGUGAAACUUGGACUUUGUACAUAAUAUUCACAGUUUCCGAGGACCAUAGUGUAUUACUUGGUUGUAAGCAAACAGCCCCUUGAAAAGUGUGCUGGCAAAUUUUAGUUAUGGGUUUUUUUGUGAAUAAAUCUUUAUUCUGUA